UUGGCCGGCGCCUAUCGCAGUCCGUAUUAUCCAACAAAUCAUCAUGGCCUCUCGUCAGCAGCCACCAAAGAAAAGGGAUAGAACCAACGAGAACUGCGACAAAGCGGUCAAAAACAUCAUGUGGCGUUGUGAGCAGAUACGACGGCGAUAUGGAGCCGACGUGUACGUCCAAGUCCGCUUCAAAAGCAGGCACUAUGAGUACACGUCUUCCGAUAAGCCCGAUUUCCCCAGGUCCAGAGCUGAGUUGAAAGCGACUUACCCUGUCCCGGUAGCAAGAUCGCCGCUAGACUACACGGAAAGAAGAUCUCGAAGCGACGUUGAAGGUCAAUCUAGCGUAAGCAGCGGUUGAGUGCGACAAUGUAGCUGUCCGGCGGAGGAAUGUACUUACAAUAAAGCCCAUAUUGCUACAUACAGCUAUGGAGUACUCCAUCGCCCUACCCGAUGCGUACUUUUGGUGUUCCGCUCUCCUUAUGUCACCUGACGCCGAUC